AUGCGACUAGCGUUCAACAGUACUGCUCUUCUACUUUCCCCGUGCUACAAACCCCUCAGUCAUCUCCCAAGCUCCCCAGUCUCCCAUCUUCGCCUCGUCCGCACUUACGGCCGCCAAGUCGCAAUGGCCAAAUCACUUGCCGACCUUCGUCGCCCGGAUCUUCUCCAAACCAAGGGAUUCAUCAAUGGAAAAUGGACCAGCGCGCCAGAUAGCGACACCUUUGAUGUGCGGAACCCAGCCUCGAUAGAGAAACUCGCGACACUUCCUGAAAUGAACGCUGCCGAUACAGACAAUGCGAUCGAGGCAGCAAGUAAAGCUUUUGUUUCAUUUCGCAAAACCACCGCUCGACAACGUGCACGCUGGUUGCGCCGGUGGAACGACCUUAUCCUUGAGAAUAUUGACGAUCUAUCCCUCAUCCUGACCCUAGAAAACGGCAAACCUCUUCCAGAGGCCCGCGGUGAGGUUAUUUACGGCGCGUCGUUUCUCGAGUGGUUUGCAGCCGAGGCCGAGCGAACUCAUGGCGAGACUGUGCCUGCUGCGAAUCCCAACCAUCGCAUUCUCACAAUCAAGCAGCCAAUUGGUGUUGCGGCAUUGCUGACGCCGUGGAAUUUCCCGAUUGCCAUGAUCACACGCAAGGCCGGUGCUGCCCUCGCCGCAGGUUGUACGACAGUCUGGAAACCAGCAGGAGAAACUCCACUGACUAGUCUUGCUCUCGCGGUUCUCGCGCAAGAGGCUGGUCUGCCAGACGGCUCUAUCAACGUCGUACUGGCCCUCAACAAGGUCGCCGAGGUCGGGCAAGCAAUCUGCGAGAACAGCAUCGUUCGCAAGCUUAGCUUCACUGGCAGCACGCGUGUUGGUAAGUUGCUUGCUCAGCAGUGUAGUCCUACACUGAAGAAGCUUUCGCUCGAGCUGGGCGGUAAUAGCCCGUUUAUUGUCUUCGACGACGCUUCUAUUGAUCACGCCGUCGAGGCCCUUAUGAUGGCGAAGUUCCGCAACUCUGGUCAAACCUGCGUUACAGCGAACCGCAUAUUUGUUCAAAGAGGGAUCUAUAAUUCUUUUGCGGACGCCAUACUCAAGCGAAUGCAGUUGCUGCAAGUUGGACCGGGAGUUCAGGAUGGCGUGACGAUUGGUCCACUUACUCACGAACGAGCGGUAGAAAAGGCACUGCAGCAUAUUGAGGAUGCAAAGCGUCUCGGCGGAAAGGUGAUCCUUGGCGGUGCGUCGGUUCGAGAGUCAAGGGGUUAUUUUAUGCAGCCGACUCUGAUUCGCGAUAUGAACCCGGAGAUGAUCACUACGCGGGAGGAGGUAUUUGCCCCUGUGCUGGGAAUGUACCCAUUUGAGACAGAGGAGGAGGUUCUCACACUCGCAAACAACAGCAAUGUGGGGCUGGGCAGUUUUAUAAUGACUGAGAACAUGUCGAGAUGCAUUCGGGUGGCCGAAGCUCUAGAAGUCGGAAUGGUUGGGGUGAAUGUGGGCGUGUUGAGUGCUUGCGAGAGUCCAUUUGGAGGUGUCAAGGACAGUGGAUAUGGGCGAGAGGGUGGUACUCAAGGAAUUGAGGACUAUCUUAGAGUUAAAUCAAUCCUCAUGGAUGUAAAUCAUUAA